AACAAUCCGGCGCUUUUUCUCUCCGUCCGACUCUCUCUCUCUCUCUCUCUUUUCACACCCCUCCACACUCUCUCACUCACUCUCUCACUCAUUCUUUCACUCUCUCUCUCACUCUCUCGCUCUCUCUGUUUACGACGAGCUCCUGAAGGAACAAAGGGAUUAUUUACAGCCUCGUCUUGUUUGUUUUUGCCUCGGAUUCAUGCAAAUGAUGGCCGGCUGACCUCGUUCGGGAGUGUUUGCCUCGUUGCGAGAAUGUGAGGAUUUGAGAAAAGAUCAAAGUGAGGGGAUACAGCUCUGCUACAGAUAUAGCCGCCUACCUGCGAUAGCGAGAUUGGAGGCAGAGCGAGGCAGAGCGAGGUUUGAGCGAGGAGUUGCAGUAAACAGGUUUUUUCUGGGAUUGAAGGAUUGCAUAGCAACAGUGCAUUCCAGAGCCGGAGAAACAGAUGCAUCUCCUUGAGGAGGACCAAGGAAGAUGUGUCCGAGCUGACAUCAUAUCCACGGUCGAGUUCAACUCCAGCGGAGAGCUCCUGGCCACGGGGGAUAAAGGAGGGCGAGUGGUGGUGUUUCAGAGAGAGCAGGAGAGUAAGAACCAGCCGCACCGGCGGGGGGAGUACAAUGUUUACAGCACAUUUCAGAGCCACGAGCCCGAAUUCGACUACCUGAAAAGCCUGGAAAUCGAGGAGAAGAUCAACAAAAUCCGCUGGCUGCCUCAACAGAAUGCCGCCUACUUCCUCCUCUCCACCAACGAUAAAACAGUGAAGCUGUGGAAGAUCAGUGAGAGGGACAAGCGGCCGGAGGGGUACAACCUGAAGGACGAGGAUGGCAGGAUCCGAGACCCCACCACCAUCACUGCUCUGAGGGUUCCGGUGUUGAGACCGAUGGAUCUGAUGGUGGAGGCGACGCCUCGCCGAGUGUUCUCCAACGCCCACACCUACCACAUCAACUCCAUCUCCGUCAACAGCGACUACGAGACCUACAUGUCCACAGACGACCUGAGGAUCAACCUGUGGAACCUGGAGAUCACCAACCGGAGCUUCAAUAUUGUGGACAUUAAACCUUCGAACAUGGAGGAGCUGACUGAAGUGAUCACUGCAGCCGAGUUCCAUCCAAACCACUGCAACACCUUCGUCUACAGCAGCAGCAAGGGCUCCAUCCGGCUGUGCGACAUGCGGGCGGCUGCACUCUGCGACAACCACUCCAAAUUCUUUGAGGAGCCAGAAGACCCCAGUAAUCGCUCCUUCUUCUCCGAGAUCAUCUCCUCCAUCUCAGACGUGAAGUUCAGCCACAGCGGCCGCUACCUGAUGACCCGCGACUACCUCACCGUCAAGGUGUGGGACCUCAACAUGGAGAACAAACCCCUGGAGACCUAUCAGGUUCACGACUACCUGAGGAGUAAGCUGUGCUCCCUCUACGAGAACGACUGUAUCUUUGACAAGUUUGAAUGUGUCUGGAACGGAACGGACAGCGUCCUCAUGACCGGCUCCUACAACAACUUCUUCCGGAUGUUCGACCGCAACACUAAACGAGACGUAACGCUGGAAGCCUCGCGGGAAAACAGCAAACCUCGGGCCAUCCUGAAGCCGCGGAAAGUCUGUGUCGGCGGCAAGCGGCGUAAAGACGAGAUCAGCGUGGACAGCCUAGACUUCAGCAAGAAGAUCCUCCACACGGCCUGGCACCCAUCUGAGAACAUCAUCGCCGUCGCUGCAACAAACAACCUCUACAUCUUCCAGGAUAAAGUCAACUAGAGCAUGUAGCGCUGAAGAGCCCGGUAGCAUCGAGACCAACACUGAGUCUUACCGGCUGAAGCGGCUUCAAACAAAAGAGGAAUAACAGUAAGAAUAAAAAAAACAAACAAACAUGGGGUUGAGAACUUGUCGGCAUGGCACUGAUGCAGCCUGUUGCAAUCAAUGCAGUGUACAAAGUGCAGCUGAAAUACAAAAAACAAUCAAUCGCUGAAGAGUGGAAAAUGCGACGGCUGCUGUCGCCUGCUCCUUUACAUUUUUACUUUUGAUUUUUUUUUUAUUUCCUACCGUUCUCUCUCCUCGCUGUAGUUUGUUCGCUCAUUCAUUCUGCACAGCAAUAGAGAGGAGGAGCAGCAGCAGGACGCAUUCAGCUGCAAUGGGGUAGAGUGCAAAACUUUAUUAUUGCUUUUAUUUUUAAACCAGAACUUUUUACUGUUUACUCACAAAGACGUACUGCAGGAUUGAUGCGCUGAUGUUUCCAGACUGCUGUGGCCUUGAAGUAUCUGUCCAUCAACCAACCAACCCUGAUCUUCAACUUUUAAUUUCUAAUUUUUAUUUAUUUAUUAAUUUAUAAUUCGUUUUAAUACCUACACACGAAGGUGCAUGCAUCGAUUCAACCUCUGUGACCUGACGACGACGAAAUGUGGCUGGCGUCUGGAUGGUGCACACUGUGGAAUUGGUAUACGCUGGAUUUAAAACAAACAAAAUAAUGAUGUAGCAAUGUGAUGCUUUUUUGUUGUUGUAAUUUUCUAAUGAAAUGAAAAAAAAAAGAAAAAGAAAAAAAAAAGCGUAAUAAAAACCAAGAGGAACCAAAGUCUUGUAUCCCAAGUGCUCAGAAAGAAACAAGAAGAAAAAAGAAGAGAAACGAGUGCAAAGCAACUAAAAAACAGCAAAGCCUGAGGUUGCAUUUAUUUCCAGUCAGUUUGUACAGAAACAGCAACACUUCAAAAAGCAAAACACUUAAACAUGAAUCAAACACCACCGUACUCCUAACGACUGGCUGCACAGUACGGGUCCUACCGCCACAAAACAGCAGGAAUAAAUCCAGAUCAUCUCAUUAUCUCACAUAAUACAUAUCAGUCAUGACUAGACCAGUCACACUAACUAAUAACUUUACUAACUUCCUAACUUACCGUGAAAAAUACACAAGUGUAAAUCUUGUACAUAGGCGUAUUUCUUGGGUGUUUCAUUUUUAUAUAUAUGGUCGAUGUCCAAUAAAAAAAACAAGCAUCUUCA